UAGGCUGCAGAUUUCAGUCAGCAAACUACCAUACUUAGUGGUGAAGGAAUCGACUCCACGUUCUUACUAGUCUCUCUGGAGCAACCUGAAGACAGGAGCUUGGCCUCAAGGAGACAGCAGGAACACCAGGAGACAGAAAGCUACUUCUGAAAGGUAACCUACAGGAUCAGCGUUCCUGACUACCGCUGUGCGAUGGACACAGCAGAUGAUAAUGAGCCCCAGCUCAGAGGCAAAAGGAGGCAAGAACUCCAAGAGCAGCUGAGAGAAUUAGGACUGGCAGUUGAGUUCUGGUUGCCGAAGCUGAGGGAACACCUGGGUGUGACCUGUGCCCAGGCCUUACAACACCUAAAUGAGGAAGACCUACAGAAGCUGAAAUCACUGGCGCAACAUUCCUGGGAGGAAAGGGCCCUGGAGAGGUUGCUUAACCUGUCACACUCAAAUCGUCUUGCAGAGUUACCGGAGUCUCAGGUGGAAACAUUAAAGAAAAGGCUGAAGCAGACAAAACAGGCUCUGCAGGAGCUGGAAGAGUUGCUUUCAGAAGGGAGGCAGCGGCAGGAAGAAGCAGUGAGGAAAAAGGAGGAAGAGCUGAGGCAGGCAAUGGAAAUCCCCAAAGAGUACUGGCCACCUCCUGAAAAGUCCCUCCGAGAAGUCAUAGAAAAACUGCAGAAACAACUCAACCACACAGAGGGGACACUGUCUCACAGGAAAAACCUCCCAGAUGGAGAGCUGGUGAGAUAUGCAUCUGGAGGAUUAGCCCUGCAGGGAAUUUACAAAACUAGUGACCAAGGGGGCCUGAUAGAGAAGAGAGAGGAGCUACUCAGUGUCCCCAAGGAGUUCUCACUGUGCGGCCCACAGCAGGGUACACGGAUGAAAACAACAGAAUUUACAUCUUCUCAAGCAGAAUCCAUGUUCACUCAGACUAUAGAGAAGCUGGGCUUCAGUGCAACUGCCUUAGCAAAGGGUGGAGGUUGGGGAUUAAGCCUAAAAGCUGGUAUGGAUCAGAAGAAAGACUCAGAAUCUGAGGAAAGACGGCAGUCACAUUCUAAGCACUCUUAUUUCUGCUCAACCAAGUUCAACUACAUCCCGCUGGCCUCCUGCCACUUUGCUGUUGAUCAGCUCCAGUUCUCCAAGCCUGCUCUCCAGGAACUGAAAAGCAUUGAAGAUCUUUUGGGUCAGCCCACAGACUCAGAUAGACUUCCCUUGCUGAGGCGCAGGACUGAAGAAUUCUUCCAAAGGUUUGGCUCUCAUGCUAACCAGGGCCCUUUGCACCUGGGAGGAAUCUACUGGUGGAAAGCCAUUUCAGAGGGUUUCCAAAGUGAGCAUCUGGAAGCAGUCAAACAGCAGACAGCAGAUGCCCUGGAUAUUUACAUAAUGGGGAGCUACACUGGCUUUGGAGUGAAAGGUGCUGCAGGUGUGGAUAUGUCACAAAAUCUUUCAAACACAGCCUUUGAGAACAUUAACUUGCAAAAUCUUAAAACCGAAGUGCAAUUAUCUGUGGCCCAGACAGGUGGUCCACCAGAAGCAAAUGGCCUUUUACAGUGGAAAACUGGCCUGGUGGCCAAUAAUCAAACCUGGUGUGUCAUUGACCGGGGAAAUCAGCUCGUGCCCAUUUGGGAUAUCAUCCUCUCGAGCCACAGAAGUGAUUUCAAACAACCUCUUCAGGUAGCUGAGCACCUGAAAGACAGCUACACUGCUCUGACUGGGCUCACUGCCCAGAUCCAGGAGGGAGAAGAAUUACUGAGUGCUGAGAAGGCAGCUACUGUUUUCCUAGACAAUGUGAAAUCCUGGGAGGUUUCCCAUCCUGAAGAGCAGCUGAAAAAGCUGAUAUAUUUCAUGCAAAUGUUGACUCAGAAAAUAAAAAGUUAUGACUUUUGGAUUCAUAGAUGCCUCACAGAUUGGGGUCUACAAAAUUUUCUGGUAAACACAGUCAACUUUUGCAAAAAAUCUUCUAUUUCUGGAACUGAAUUUAUCAAAUCUAAGUUGCGCAGCCUUUUGGAUCCUUACAUCUACAAAGUGUCAAACUUUCCACAGGCUGAUUCCAUUAUGCAGUGGAUCUUCCAGUCAGAGCCAGACCAAGAGCAUGUAAACGUCACCAAAUUUUCUGAAUUGAUUAAAAUCCUUGAAAGAAACAAGAAUGACCUUAUGGAAGUGAAGGCCAAAUCUGAGUCCACAGAAUCAGUGGAAGAAGCUCAAAGCAAGGCUACUAAUGAGGUCAGCUUGUCUCUUGGCUGCUUCUUGAAUUACCUCCAAGAAACAGGGCAGCAAGACACACACAUCUUGCUACUUUCCAUUGCCACUGGUGCAGGAUAUCAUGGGGUAAACAAUACUUUUCAAUAUCUCUUGGGGUGUGAUGAGUUAGACUUCCUACUGAAUGAAAUGCAAAGUGCCAAAGGUAAAUACAAGGAGCUCAAAAAUAUUUGUGACUGCAGGGCUCAUGCAUUCCUGGUACUCACAGGUUUGACAGCUACAGUUAGUGACAAAGCUGUUUCUCCAGAGGAGAAAACACAACGCUUGGCAUUGGUAAGACAUCACAUGGCACAAUCUUUGUCUAAAGAAGUUGUACAAGUCCUCUCCAAACCUGGAGCAGAUCAUAACUGGGAAAACCUAGAAAAAGACCUGAGAUCGCUCACUGAUGGUGAGUAUGGAGACACCAUCUCUUCAUUGCAAAGGGAUGAGGAGAGUAAACAAUUGCUAAGUCUCUUGCAUGAAAUAAAACAGCCCCAUGAAACACAUGAUAAUGAAAAUAACAAAUGUGAGGUCAUAGAAAAUCAAGCCUUCCUAGAAUUACUCCAGCGUCUAGACCUAGAACAUUACUACCCAAAACAGAUGAGCACAGCUAACUUCCAUCAGAUCUACAAGACGUCUGUGCACAAUACCCAGCCCUGCUCUGAAAGAGAGCUUCCCUUCUACUUCCUACAGAAGCUACUGAUGCUGGAUUAUGGGUUUAGAUACCUGAUCAUCAAAGAUGGUGGAUACACAGAGAAGCAAGUCUAUCCAAGCACCUCAAAUCAAGAAAAUGACACUUUUGAUCCAUAUGAAGACUUCACUGAACACAAUGAUAGUCCCACUAAACCUUCAGCUACUAAUGUGAGGUCCUGCAUUCACCCUAUGGAUAUUCAGAUGGCAAUUCUUCACUGUGCAGAUGAUUUUGCCAGACAAUAUAUUUUCGGCAAACUUUCGAUUUGUCAGUUUGCCCUCCCCCUCCUCAUACCUACUCCCUGCAAUUCUCAAAUUGAAUUCUCCCUCUGGUCUCUCAGUCAAAUUAGGAGGAGCUGGCAGCAAGCAAGGAAAUCAACAAAGGAGGAGAAGGACAAUUACAAGAAUCAGCAGAUGUGUCGUGUCUCUACCCCAAUUGUGUCCUUUCUUAGAGUUGGAAAUGACUUCUCUGCCUCCAAAUCUCAGAUCAUGAACUGUCUUCUCACUAAACGAAAGCAUGAUGUCUUUUUUCACCGACACUGCAAAGGGAGCAGCAGGAACUGUCUCUUGAUGGGAGGUGUGGUGGAAGUUGCCUGGUUCUGUCCUGGGGUGAGAUAUGAGGACAGAUUUGACAACUGCUUAACCUUCACCAAUCUUCACGGAGAUGCAAAGGAACAUAAGAAGCAACUCACCUUUUUGCAGGAGGUCUCUUCUCUCAUUGUGGUCCUCAUGGCAACUUCUGAUGACAAUAAGGAAAACCAAAAAAUUGUCCAUGACCUGUGUCAGUCAUCAAAACCUUUAAUCUGUUUGCUUGAUGAUAAAGAAAAACGGAUGGCCAAUACUUCUGGCCUACGGGUGAAAAUUGGAAUUAGGAACAGAAAUGAAGCAGAAUUAAUAGAGGAGCUCACAAUUACAAUCAGACGGUUGCUAGAGCUCUCUGACACUGCCCUCAGCCUGGAGGACUGUGCCCAAGUUGCUCGCAAGCAAGGACUGCUUAUUGAUGAAGACCAGAGAGACUGCAAGGAAGCCAGAGAAAAGGCAGAGGUUCUAAUGGAUCCACUGGAAAAAGUGGAAAUAUCUCAGGUGAAGGAAAAAAUACUACCCCUUCAGGGAAAACUGUGGCAACUUUGGUGUAAAAAGGACAAAGAACUCUAUCAUCUAAGAGAAAAGGGGAAUCGAAGCAUUGAACAACACAAGAGUGAGAUUGAGACGGAGAAACAAUCACUACGACAGGCACAGCUAAGGAGAGCCUUUCCUCUCAAUGACUUAAUGAAUUCUGUCCUUGAAAUUCUCCAAAAUCAUUCAGAAACUCACACCAAACUCUACUUCUUGCAAUGGCUGAGUGUGUUUUUAGACAAAUUGACUGCAGGACACUUGGAAAACCUAAAUGAGAAGAAAAAGGCUUUGUGGUCAGUGGUCCAAAAAGAAAAGCAAGAGGCACCAAAAAGUAAGUCCCUGAAAGCCUGGCAAAGUGAGAUAGAAGCUAUCUCCAGAGAGAUUAGUGACUGUUCCUUGGGAACUAAGCAAAUUCUCAGAGAAUUUGGUCAGAUCUAUGAAGCUUUGGAAGAAACUUCUUCCAUAAAAGAUAGUCUCCUUCUCUCCCUUCCCCACAUUGCUGCAGAUCUGAUGAUAUCUGGGGUUCCCAUUGAGCUGAUGGAUGGGGAUGCUUCAUAUGUGCCCCUAAAGUGGGUGGCAGCUGUUUUCGACCAGGUAUCUGAGAAGCUUGGAAACAAACGGCUGUUUGUCCUCUCAAUCCUUGGCCUACAGAGCUCAGGGAAGUCCACUUUACUGAAUGCCAUUUUUGGGCUGCAGUUCACUGUCAGUGCUGGGAGGUGUACCCGGGGGGCCUAUAUGCAGCUCCUGAAGGUGGAGGAGACAUUCACAGAGGAACUUGGCUUUGACUUCAUGCUUGUUGUAGAUACAGAAGGACUUCGAGCCCCAGAACUCAGCAACAAGUCCCAGAAUCGGGACAAUGAGUUGGCAACCUUUGUCAUCGGACUUGGAAAUUUGACUCUGAUCAAUGUUUUUGGGGAAAAUCCAUCAGAAAUGCAGGAUAUUCUACAAAUAGUCGUCCAAGCUUUUCUGAGGAUGAAACAAGUAAAAAUCUCUCCCACUUGUUUCUUUGUCCAUCAGAAUGUGGGGGAAGUUACAGCUAAAGGCCAAACUAUGGAAGAAAGAAGGCGAAUAGAGCAGAGGUUAGAUGAAAUGGCAGCAACAGCUGCUGAAGAAGAACAGUGCUCAGAUGUAACCCGCUUUAGUGAUGUCAUUAAGUUUGAUGUCAAUACUCACGUCUACUACUUUGCUCACCUCUGGGAUGGCAGUCCCCCAAUGGCCCCUCCCAAUCCUGACUACAGCUACAAUGUCCAGGAACUCAAAAGUAGAAUUCUUUUGGCUGCCAAACAGGAGUGCAGGGGCAGCAUCAUGAAGAUAUCGGAUGUAAAAUUCCGAGUUCAAGAUUUGUGGAGAGCCCUGUUGAAUGAGAACUUUAUUUUCAGUUUCAGGAACACCAGAGAGGUCAUGGCCAUGAGCAAAUUGGAAACAAUGUAUAACUACUGGACCUGGGAGCUGAGGAGUCAUGUGCUGACCUUGCAGGACCAGCUGACCAACCAGAUUCAGAAUGGAAAAAUCCAAACACCUGAAACACACAUGCUUGAGGCUCCAGUUACAGAAAAAUAUGAAGCCAUCAAGCAAGAACUUGAAAAAUACUUUAAUGAAGAUCCAGAUAGUGAAGUACUGGUUCAGUGGAAAGGAAGUUUUGAAAACAAGCUAAUGAUCCUUAAAGAGAAACUAAUUUUAGACAGCCAAAGUAAAGCCAAAGAAAUUAUUAGUUUUAAAGAACAGCAAGAAGAACUGGAUAACAAAAAAUCAGCUUAUGAAAAGGAAUUAUUGGAAAAAAGCCAAAAGUUGGCUUUAACUGUAAAGGGCACAGAAUUGAGUGAGGAAGAACUACAUGAGAAAUUCAACCCACUUUGGGAAAAAUGGGUCUGUGAUGUGUUCUCAAAUCUCCCACCAGUCACAGAGCCUAAUAUUGAAGUGGAUUCUGAAAACAUCCUCUUGGAUUAUUUCAAAAAGGAGAAAAAUAUGGUGGACAGACUGAAGAAAAAUUUUGGAGAAAACUUUCAAAUCAAAUAUGACAAACAUAUCAAGAUGAACAAGAAAUAUUUUAACAUUUAUCCACUGACAUUAGAGCCCCAGGAUAUAGAGUCUGUAAAUUCCAUUACUGACCGAAUUAUUUCAAAAUUUAAUGAAACUAUUAACAGCAUUAGUAAGCAAAGGCAUGAUUACAGUCCAAGUUAUUUCUUUGAAAUCCUGAAAAUCAUAGAUGAGGAGGUGAAAUCUGCUCCCAUUCAAGAAAGAUGUACAGUUACAAGAAAAUAUGAAAUUGACUUAUCAUUGUGUUUAUUCCGAAGGGCAGCCAUGAAGUUUAAGGAGAUACACAAGGAAUUCAAGAGAGCAAAUGAUCCUGUGAACUAUCUAGAAAGCAAGAAAGAUGAUUUCUUCAUGAGUUUUAAGAUCUCUUGUCAAGGAGCAACCUCAAUCAAAACAUUUGUUGAUUUUCUGUGGCACAAACUCACCCCUGCUAUCUCCACCACUGUAAGGAAAACUAUGGCCCACAAAAUUGCUGGGGACAUGCGAGCUGCCUGCCCAGCAUUCAAUGGAAACAGGACUAAUCUGGAGAAACACAUUCUCAUCUCUCUGGCAGAAGAGGAAAAUUUUGAUAUGUACUGGGAGUACCUUCAAAAUUCAGAGUCAUUUUUUAAGACUUACUUUGAAAACAAUAUUAAAAGAUAUUGUUCUGAGCAAAGAAAUGAAAAAAUGAAGACUUUUUUAAAAAUAAGUUUAGAUGACAUCAAGAAUGCCAUCCUCUCAGCUAUUCAUGCAUCCACAGCAAUAGCUAAAGAUAACAGCAGCACAGUGUCUGAGUGGUUGGAUUUGUUCUGUGAUCACCUGGGGGGUAACUUGAUCUUUCCACGAAAAGACUUGAUAAGCAUUGAACACCAGGAGAUAAAAGAUAUUGAGUUUCUCAAAGAAGCCAUGAGUAAAGCUUUGGAUCCUGCAAUAGAGGGAGUAGCACAGAACUAUUUGUGUAUGCUUGUAGAAGACAUUGUUCCUGAAAUCCAGAAAAUGCUCUCUGAACAUCUCCAUGGCUGCUGGAAACAGUGUCCCUUCUGCAGAGCAAUUUGUACAAACACAAUCCCCACCCACGAAGGAUAUCAUAGUGUUCCCUACCACCGUCCACAGGCUAUUGGUGGAAUGCAUUGGCAAAAAACAGAAACGUUUGUCAUUGAUUUUUGUACUAGUAUGGUAGCAAGUGAUUGUUUUUUGGCUUUGAAAGAUGGCAGGGAAAUUCCAUUUAAGAACUAUCGACAGGCAGGAGGGGAGUAUGCCGAAUGGAGUAUCACCCCAGACACAUCCACCCAGCCAUACUGGAAAUGGUUUGUCUCUCACUUCAGAUCACAGCUGGAAGAAAAAUAUCACAGAAGAUUUAUAGGUAAAGGUGCAAUUCCUGAUGCAUGGAACAAAAUCACAAAGCUGGACGUACUUUAUUACUUGAAAAAUAAUUAAUACUCAAUAACCACAAAAGAGACCCAGUAUCUGAACAAAGAGGCACAUUACCCAAACAAUCUUAAAAUACCACCUCCACAAAAUGAAAGCCUUCAUUCUAGAUUUUUCAGAUGAAGGAUCUAAAACUAUGUCAAUUAACAGCAAUAGCUGAAGAUUUGCCAGAAAAGGAUUUCACUUUUCUCUGCCUCAAUUCCUUCUGCUUUAAAAACAAAUUACUAAAAUAUAUGAGUGCAUGAUACACUCAAAUAAAAUCAUUUAAAAUACCUACUUCAUAUUUUAAACUAUUAUUCUGAAUGCUGCUUUUUAUUUUUAAAUAUAGAAUGUUACAUACACUCUCAAGUAAAUCAUUUUCAUAGAAGUAAAUUAAAAUCACUGUACACUGCUAUAAAUUCUAUAUAAUAAAUAUAUGGCUAUUUCAAUUAAUAUACACUUAUUGACUGCAAGCUGCAAAAUUGUAUUCUCUUUUCAUUGUAUUUUUUUACAUACUCUGCAAUUGUCAAGAAGAGUAUUAAUGCUUGAAUGCAAAAAAACUCAUGAAAAGUUCAUGAUUCUCAAUUCCCAAAUAGAGUGCUAUUUAGGUUUAUACUGUUAAGAAAAAAACAGAAACUUGACCAGAAUAGAGCCUGCAUCAAUUCAGGAAACAUUACCUAACAAAUAUUGAAAAUAGAAAUUAUAUAAUUUUUUCCCUCAUUUAACCAUCACUCUCUUCUUCCCUGGCACCUUGCCACUUGCCUCUACAUGUUUUUUUAAAGAAAAGAAAAAGAAAACAUUCACAGGAGCUUAGGUAUUCAAAUACUGGAACUUGUACAAGUCUGAGUAGGAAUGCUUUAUGGAAUGAAAUUUAUGACCAGGUAAAAAGGGCCAUUUUAAUCAAGGCUUUGGGCAAGGUCAAAUUUGAUUAAUCCAUUAAUGAUUUUAAAAACUACUCCUUCAAGAUUAAAAUAUCAAAAAUAUACAGUUUUUAACAUGGUGAUAUUUUGAUAAGAGAUGCUUUUUAAGUAUUAAAAUAUAAGAAAAUGCCCAUCUCCAAAUCAGGCACCCUUGUGACUUUUCACACUAUUUGAUCCAUAGAAUUAUGAUCACAAAUAAACAUGAAAAGCACCCUGAAGCCAACCAAGGAUCUGGGAGGGGGAAAAAUCACCAUUCUGCAAACCUAUACCUUCUGAAACAUGACUUAUGCUAGGUUCUCAAAGCUGAUGAUCUAAAGUAGUCCUGAUACUAACAAGAAAAUUUCUUCAUACCUGACAUAAGGGCUUCCAUUGCCUUCCAUUUAAGGGCACACUCUCUACCCUCCUCAGCCACUGAAGACAGACUGUCCAAAGAACAGCUGUCAAAGGACUUGGGUCUUCAGAGCUGGGAGACAGGAGUGCUGACUGUGCUAUCUUUGUACCCUCAAGGGCAUCCAGCAUACUCUGUUUCUGGUCAAAUCACCACAUCUCCAGAAGAAAUCCUGGAACAGAAACAUUAUAUGGGAAACUGAUGUUCUUGCACAGUAAGCUUUUCCUUUUGUUCCCUAAAAAGUAGUCUCACUGAGAGUUGGAAGGACCUCCUAAUAUGAUAGUUGAAAUAGUGAUAAAAACAGAACCCAUGCAUAAUAUAGCACCUGUCUCUGACAUCACUGCAUCCUUGAAAACUCUGCAAUAUUAACAUCUGCUGAAUGCUUUUCAUAUUUGUUUAAUGAACCAUUUAAGCUUUUAACUAUGAAGUUUUAUGUAUCAUUCAUUAACUUUGAUUUUGAAGUUGAAAGUACCAUGUAUAAAUAAAAAAAUUUUAUA